AGAGCUCUCGUCCACCUGACCGGAGGAAGAAAAAGAGAAAACGACGAGAGGAGGGCCGACCUCUUCGCGCCGAGAUCUCGUUCUCGCGCGAGCGACGAGACGGAACGGCGACGACGAGCGUGCGGCACAAUGUAGCGAUUGAUCCGGCGAACGAGAAGAACCGAAUAUCUUGCGAAUUGCGAGCGAGCGAGCGAAGGAUCGAGGGACCAGCGGCAGAGGGAAGAAACGCGAGGAUGAAGACGAUGGGCGAUGUUGUCGCGGACCCCAUUGACGAGACCGACGACGCGGUGGAGUCCACCGGCGGCGUCCCCAAAGAGUUCGGCCAGAAGACGCUGAGGUCCUUGAAGAGAGGACUCGGCCGGCUCUGGAGGAGGCAUCGAGGCAACGCCUCGAUCACCGAGUACGAUCCCUGCUACAAGGUCGCGUAUCUUGGAAACGUGCUGACCGGAUGGGCCAAGGGUGAAGGCUGCGUCGAGAAGCCCGUGUCGACCCUAUGGCGGAACUACGUGAGCAGCAGCAGGCCGGACGUCUCGAUGAGGUUGACCGUCACCAGCGGUGGUCUGACCGCAACCACAAAGGACCACGGCCUCACCGAGUACUGGGCCCACCGUGUGACCUAUUGCACGGCCCCGGCCUCCCAUCCGCGGCUCUUCGUCUGGGUAUACCGGCACGAGGGUCGCAGGCUCAGGCCCGAAUUGAGGUGCCACGCCGCUCUCUGCAGCAAGGAGUCCACCGCGAGGAGGCUCGCCUCGAUCUUGAAUACACGGUUGCAACAGGCGCUCUUGGAAUUUCGCCGGGACAAGGUCUUGCGGCAGAACGCCAGGUUGUCUCUGGCGAACGCGUUGUACGACAAUCCGUCGUUGCCGCGUAGGAAGCUCCUCCUGAGCACCGGCGGCCAGAACUACCGGCCGCCGUUGGAGAGGUCGAAGAGCGCGCCGAAACUUUCGGCGAUCGAGGAGGACACGGUGGCCGAAGAGAUGGAGCAGCAGAGGCUGCUGGAGGAGCUACGCUCGUUGGAGAACGUAGCGCGCAGCUGGGAGGAGCAGGACGGCUGGAGAAUAGCCAGGCUCCUGGACGCCUUGAAUCGCGAGUCCUCCUCCGACGAGAACGGCAGUAUCUCGAGCGGAUGCGAGACCGCCAGCACCGCCACGAGCGAGGAGAGAGCUUCCGGCCCGGAGGAGCACCUCGCGCAGAAUCAAGCGGACAAUCAGCAAGGAUCCGUGAAGAGGGUGAUCUUCGCGGAGGAGCGAGUCCUCGGCAGAGGGCCGGGCCCGCGAAGGAACUCGGAGGGCUCGCCUCACUUCAUGACGUGCGCCGGUAGCCCGCGUUUCAACUCCAUGGACCCCAGGAAGAGGUUUCCCACCCUGAGGAGCGAGGAGGAGGAGUCGAUGGAGGAAGAAGAGGAGGAGAUGAUGAUGGAGGACAGCACGUCGAAUGUGUUCGACUUCGAGGACGUCGAGGACCUGGACGACGUGGUGGAUUAUCGGCCGAGGGGCGAGGUGACGAUGAGCAGAAUCGAGGAGCCGCCGGGCACGGAGAGGCGGGCGAACGAGAAGUACCCCGGCAGGAUGAUGGGCCACGAGUUCCUCUCGAACGACGAGACGUCGUUCCUCACGCUGGACUCCCUCGACGAGGAGGAGGCCGACAGCGACGAGAGCGGCUACGUCGAGGCGCCACCAAAGUCUUUACUCGGUCAGGACGAGAGGAAGGAGGAGGAGGAGAGCGAGCGAUUGGCGGAGCCGUUCAAGAGCGUUCAAUCGACGGACAAUCCGACGGCGAAGUGUAGAAACGCGAAGCCCGGGAACGACGAGGGCCCGAGGGUGAAACACCACGAGGAUCCGGCGGGCAAACAGGAGGAGGAGCAGUCUCAGAAGCUACCGGACAGGAAGGACCCCAUGCUGGUGGUCGACGAUAAUCAAAGGAUAAAGGAGAGGGAGAGGGAGAGGGCGGACUUCAAGUACCCGAUCUCGGAGACGAUCAAGAAGCUCGCCACCGCGACCCUGAGGAGCUCGAAAUCCCUGGAGAUGACGAGCAAGAGCUGUAUGAACGUUCUGAAUAACUUCAAGACCUCCAAGUCGUUCGACAGCGUGAAGAACGACGAGGUCACCGUGGAGUCGCCGAGCCUCCAUCAAAGGAAGCAGUUGCUGGCGCAGCGCGGUGUUAUGGUUUAGAAGAGUUCUCCGUUGAACGCGCUCUGUACGAUUACAAGUUUCGGGGAAGGGAUUUCGAACGGGAAUCGAUUGGAAAAAGGAUUACGCGUCAUUGAGUCUCGAGCUCGGAGAUCGAGGCGAGACAUACUUGCGGCAAUGGCGUUUGCGUGCCGAAAUUCACACUUCCUCGGUAUUGAAAAUCUAUACUUCGUGUUACGUGUAUGCUAACUAUAGAUCUCGAGUACCGACGGAGUGGAUUUUCGACACGCAGCCGGUGUUUCACGAAAGAAGAAUACCGUCGAGGCGAAUCGAUAUUCGACGAACCGCGCUCCCCACGCGAUCGUUUCGCCGAAAUUCGUAUCGACCGUUUCGUCCGCCGGACGAAAACGGAUCCGAUUACAAGCGUCGUAUUCAUCAUUUCCCUCACCGCUCGUGGUGCAUUCGUGGUGCAGUACGUUUCAAAAUACACGUUAAUUAUCUCGGUGAUGGAUGGUGCCUGCGCGUCGCACCGUCUCCGUAUUUAUGCCAAGGAAAUCGGCAGGACCUUCGAAGCACGUCGAUAAGCGGUAAUCGAGAUUCGGACGAGCCGCUAGCUCGCCCGAGAGACACCCGGGAAUUUCCUCUACGACGCGGAGUCUGAGACGCCAUCGCCGGGAGUUAAAAAGCAGCUCGCUCGGUAUCGGAACUCGAACCCCAGGCGCGAUACUCUAAGGCGUGGGCGGUAGAAAUUAAGUUUCCACCUCGGAUCAACUGCAUCACGUUAUCGCUCUGUUAUUCAAUAUUAAUACACCGGAAGAGGGGACGUGUUCGUCUCUUUCAAUCGUCUCGUUUAAUUGUACGCGCAAAAAUUCUCUAGUUCCGCUACUGACGUUGCUACUGAGAUUCACGAGGAAAACACCGCCCGUAUUACAAAAGCACGACGGAUAUGUGAGGAUACAAAAGUGAUGGCGAAUCUUUUGAUCUGCGACGUGGCCGGUCGAGAUACAGCGACGUAGUGGCGAAAUGGCGAGAGCCAUCCCCGUUUGAUUAAGGAACAUCGACGGAUAGGUUCGUUUCGAUGUGAUGUAAUCGCGGUAAACACCCUCUCCCCCUCCCCCCUACAUUCCCCUCGAGACGAAACUGACUUCAAAGCCUGUUUGUGCCUCGUCGGAGUUUAACGAGCUUGAUGAUUCGAGCGACACGGGUCGUUACAUUUUUUUGCAUGCUCUCUCACAAAUGAGAUUCGAACAGCCGAGGGCUCGUUUGUCCUCGAAGGUAGAGGAAGCUACCGAACCGACCGGGAGUUCUAAUAAUUACGGUGCAUAUCGCGUCUUACCGAUCGUAUCACGCGUUAUUCGGCGCGAGCCAGACAGCGCGCAAUGUCCGAAAUCGGUGCAUGGGACGUCUUUAAGACGUCUUAAAGGUGUCUUAUUGUGUCCCGAUUUUGGGAUUAUUGCGUUGUACGGGUGGAACUCACCGUUCGAUAGGCGGGCGAUGAAUAACGAGCUGGGUUCGAAUCUCCGAAUGUUCAUUUCGUGGGAUAAGAAUACUGUAAAAUUCGUGCAGCACCGAUGGUACAGUCGACGAUGGGCCGUGCGAUUGUACCUGUAAAUACAACUUCUCACAGAGCGAACGUUGAACGCUCUACCGUUCUACGAAGAGCGAAAAGGGAGCGAAUCGGAGCGUUGCAGCGCGCGAUUUUUCCGCUCUUCUCGCGCUCGGCGAGCGCUCGAGUGCGAGCUGUUCCAAGAGCGGCCCGGGAAUGAUGAUUCGUACGGUGGGGAAACGUCGCGUGUGCUGUUCGAGAACACCGAAAACAGAGAGGAAUGCGUCGCGAGUCGCUCGCCUUUGGCAUCGGUGUUUUCCCUUCACCCCCUCCCGCAGUUUCAGUCGCUUUAAUAACGCCGGUGUUGUUAAGUUUAUUUAAACGCGAGACGGAUGUCGGCGCGUGUAUGCGCGCGUAGUUCGUCGGAUGCAAGUAAAAGCUCUUUUCCUUUCCUGUAUAUUGUUUACGAAGUAAGGUAAUGUAUAGUUUAAACGAAAUAUACGCGUGACAAUAACGAAAGCUGCGCGUUUUACCGUUAUCCGCCGGCUUGUGCGCGGUGACGGCGAAUGUCGACGGAAUAUUACACUCGAUAUUGACAUACAGUACCGCUGCGAGAGAGAGAGAGAGAGAGAGAGAGAGAGAGAGAGGGUUACCUGUGGUUCGGAGGUGCGAUACAGGAUGCGUCGUCGGUAAAGCGUCGAGACGUCGAGCUCGUUCGAAAUCGAGCAGCGUCGGUCGGGAUUUAGCCGGUGACGCGCGAGUCACCCGCAUCUUGCGCCACAUCUUGCGCCACAUCUUGCGGCCGAAGUCUCCAUUGUGACAAUCGUUGUACGAGGAAAGGGAGGAGAGGAGAAAGAGAGAGAGAGAGAGAGAGGGGGAGAGAGGAACGAUGGUACCAAUAAAGCGAAAAAUGAGGGAAAAAAA